AUGUCAGGCGCCUUUCGCCCAGUAAAUUCUUCAUUACAGAACACCGAUGCGAAGACCGAUAUGACUUCCCCUACGACGCCUCGUCCGGCUGGUGCCCCGACUCUAGACCAGCCUAGGCACGUCGAGGAUGCUACCACCCCCACCAGAGCCUCCUUCAAAGCCUCUCUUUCCGCGCAAAAACCCCUCCCGUCGUCGCCUUUCCCACAGGCUGUCCAAGUCCCCAACUCCGCCCCGCCCGGCAGCCAGUUCCACGAAAGAGAGGGAUCUACGCAAGCGAAGAGCGAAGACAUCGAGAUGGAGGGCACAUCCUCGGGCCCUACUGACCCUUCGAUGGCCGGAACUGAAAGCAUCGAAGAGGAGCCAUGCUCUGACGAUGAAGAGAGCGUAAACGCAGAUGGCUCCAAGUCGGGCAAGAAGAAGAAAUCCCAGAGAUUGGACAACCUCCGUCAACAUGCCCAGACCGUACAUAUUAACGAAGACAUCCCCAUCGACUCUCUUGCUGCGACCGGCUCUAGGUACCAGCGACAAAUUCGCACCGACAGAGUCCGCCCGACGGGCCGCGCGAGGGCAUCGACCGCUGGUAGCGUUGGGGGUCCCAUCCGUGGACAUUCCAAGAGCCUAUCGACGUCAAGCAUCACGAGCAUGAGCUCCGUCGGUCGAAGGGACUCCAUCUCCACGACUGCCUCUACUACCGACGAUGCGUGGCGACGACGAACUUGGCAUCCGGAUUCGCGGAACUUCGUCCCUCCCACAAACACCCUCAACAGCGUCGCCAAUUCUGAUAACGCUCAGCUGAAUCCUCCCGCACCCAUGACAAAUGGACCGCCAAACCGCAACUCGAACAUUCGUCUCCCCGGCAUCGAGUCUUUCGAUAGCGUUGCUCACCCCGUGACCCCGCCCAGGCGACCUGCCUCGCCGAUGAUGGUUGAUGCCGAGAUGGUCAGCCCUCAGCAUCCGGAUGACGAAAGGAGGAAUCAUAGUCAAUGGGACAUGGGGCUUCAUCGUGGACUUACUCGCCUCGACAUUUCCAAACACAACACACCACCAAAUGAUAGUGCUGGCGCCUGGGCGAACGAGACCGAGCGCGCAAUGCAGGCACAGGCGGAGCAAGCUCGCGCCCAUCCCCCAACAGUCCGCUUCCAGGUUGAACCGCAACCCAUGGCGCCCUUGCCACCCCGCGCAGCCCCUCGAGGCUACCACCAACAUACUCUAUCGGCACCGUCCAUCACCACUGCCCGUGAGUCCAAACGACAUGGUUGGUACCAUGGCCCGAUGAACACUCAUAGCGAGGCUCCUGAACUUCAUGCCGAACCGCGGCAGCCAAGAGUCGAUCGUAUGGUUCACCCCAAUAUCGCAGCCUUCUCCGGGUUUCCUGCCCGUGAGCAUCCUCAACCAUCCCAGCAAAACCCCCAGCAAAACAAACCAGCCAGCCCAGAUUCCUUGAGGCGACUCGAGGCACUUGUAGCCGUUGCGACAAGUGAAGGCAAAACCGCUGCUGCUUAUUAA